UAUGAGGAAUCACCAGCUCAGAGGCUUGCACGUAUUGAUAUGGAGACCAAAUUUCGAGAAGAUCCGCUUACUGUAAUGAAGCAGCGCGAAUCGGAGAAGCGAUUGGAAUUACUACGUAAUACUGCCAAAGUGAAAAAGCUUCGUAGACUGCUGACGAUGCAAAAACAUAUGAAAGAAAAGAAAUUGAAAGAAAAACGAUUGAAGAAGAAGAGGCGGAGUCGCUCAAGGAGUUCGAGUUCAGAAAGUAGUUCCGGUGACGAACUGCUCGAUAAAUUUAUCAAAAUCGUUCGACAGUCCGAUGAAAUUGACGCGAAGCAUCACGGGGAACAGUCUGACAGUACGGAAUCCAAGCCACGUUAUGAUAAGCACGCUGAGGUCCCUCGUCGGGACGGUCGUCCGACAACUUCUCACGCAAGGCCGCCAGAGAAACCCAAGUUGACGCGCGACGAACUUGAGGCUCGACGACUGCAAAUGAUGAACGACGCCAAGGAGCACGCAAAAGACCGUAGUCUACGUACUAGCCAUCAUUAUUUGCAGAAAAAAGAACAAGAAACUAAGGAGGCUGAGGCUCGGAGUCGACACGGGGCGUCUUUUAUUCGCCAAAUGAAAAAUGAUCAUACUCAGCGCAGCACGAUAGAGGACAGCAUUCAUCGUAAGGCCAGUAGUCGUCAGCGUGGUGAACUCAGUACCAACUUUCUAAAACGUUAA